UGUUUAAUUAUCUAUAUACGAUAUGUUAGAUUGCACUACUAUUUUUUUACCGAUGGCAUUUAGCUAUCAAGUUUGUGUCUUUCACGAAAUAGGCGCUUCGUUAGCGACAAUGCCGAUGCUUGAUUUUGUGUGCCGUUGUCGGUUUUUGCAGUUUUGACAUGAUAAAUAUUUAAUUUCUGUAUGUAGAGAUUUUCACAUACGUAGCCGCCUGAUGCUCGUUUUCAACAAUGCAAAUACAAAGCGAGAUAUAUUUUGAGAAGAUAGUUUUUUGUAUAUAUUGAGAGAAACCUAGGUUAGAAUUGACAGUUGUAUAUAUUUUCAGUACAUUACAGUGGGUUUAGGCAAUUUUAAAAACUGGUAUUCAUAGAUAGACAAGAUAUUAAUUAUGGACCGUGGCAAGACUGGGCUUGGUAGAGCAGUUAAAAGUAAAAUUGCUCAACAUCCUUCUGACUUAUUUGCAUUAGGAUCUAAGAGCUCACGGAAUGAAAGUUCUGAUUCCAAAAACAGGCCAGGUGUUAUUCAUCCAAAACCAGGUGGUAGUUCUGCAACUUCUGGUAAUGAUCGGAAAAAGGAAGCACCUUCUGGAUCUCUUCAAUCAUUUUCAUAUGUUCCACAGAAGAAGCCUAAGUUAAGUCAUAUCGGUUCUUAUCAAAGACAACCUUCUUCGAGCGCAGAAGCAUGGGAAGUUUUAGCUACAGACACUGAUCCUGCAGACUUUGUACCUAUGGUACUUGAAGCUAACGACAAUGAUGAAGCUGACAAAGUUAUUGGGAUAAUAUGCGGUGCAAUCAAGACAUUAAAGAAUCAGAAAUGGAAACCUGAUACAUUAGUUUACAUGGGCUUAUUGUAUCUGGCAAAGAUUCGCCCAUCUAUUUUUUCACAUGAUUGUAUAUUACAUGCACUGUCCUCCCUUUUAAAAAGAGAUCAAACUUAUAAUUUCAAGAGUAAAGGGAAUCCAUUGGUUCCUGUACUCGCUGCAAAUCUUUUAAUGAAAGGAUUCCAUGAGAAAAAGAAUUGGCCGGAAAUAUUUGUGAAGUUGUAUAUCGAAGAUGCUCUUGGUGAACGUGUAUGGGUUGAUCAUGAAGAAUGCAAGGGCUUUGUUGACAACAUUUUAACUGGUUUUAAUACAAGACAUCCCCCUAAGUCUGUAUUACAGCCGGAAUUUCCUGUGUUAAUGCAGCGGGAUUGUCAUAGCCCAUCUACAGUGGAUGAUGAAGAUCCGACAGCAUCAACGACAUUGUUAUCUGGAGAUAAGGAAAAAAUAGAGUUUCCAGUAGGUCCGAGAUACGCACAUUGCAUGGAGAAUAUUGAAUCAAUAGUGUUGGAAGCUGUGAAGGAGCAAUUGAACAGACGUCAAGCUGAGACCAUAACGAGAAAUUUCUUAAAGCUGCUCUCCUCGGCAUGCGGAUUUGUGGAAAUUAGAAACAUCGCUGUCCCCAGGCUAGAAGUAUGGUUGCACAAUCCUAAACUGAUGAGACCCGCGCAGGAACUGCUCAUGUACAUUUGUUACAAUUGCACGUCUCACACUCAAAGAGACGUCGAGGUCAUAAGCCAACUGGUGAAAAUGAGAUUGAAACCGAAAGCUGUAAUUAAUAUGUACCUGAACGGCGUUAAGGAACUUAUUGGAUUACAUCCGGAGAAUUUAGCGACCAUAUUAAAGCACACGAUUUACAACGAAUUGUCGAACGCGCGCAAUCCAAAUAACAUGCCCAUGCUGGCUAUAAUGUUCCAGACGUUACCCGAGCAAGCGGCCAAGUUGCUCGCGGAGAUCUUUCAGGAUUUACUGAUGAAUCGCGAGGAUUACUUGAGGCCAUUGCGCGCAUUGCUCAGAGAAAUCGUGCGCGUAUGUCGGCAUGAUAUCAACCUCCUAGCUUUCGCUCGCAUGCUUAUGUCCGAGAGGCCAGACAUAGCUCAACAAUUGUUGACUUUUGAAUUCAAAGAUCGCAUGUUUAUGUCAAUAGCGGACCUCUUGUGUCUGUGUAUGCUUCUCGGAAUAAGUCCGCAGGUGAAAGAGGCGGCGACAUUGUCACAACGUGCAGACAAGAAGGACGUAGCUUUGCUACAUCAGUUCCAAAAUCUUGUGGCCAUGAUACAGUACGAAGCGAUACUCUGGUUGCAGAAUGUAGCGCCACAGAUGUACGCCAUCGGACGAAAUGAGCUGCUGCACGCAAUGCACAAGAUCUUGCUGUUAGAAUCUCCUGAAAAUUAUUACAAACUGGAUAAUUGGCCACCGGAAUCAGACAGAGGAUUUUACAUACGAUUGGUAUCCGACGUUCCUCUGCUGCAAAGUUCGUUGUUGAGACUAUUACUGAUUGGUUUUGCAAAAGAUAACAGCAUUACUCACUCGGAGACGUUGGAUUUAGCCGAUCAACUGAUACGGCGCGCCGCUGCUAAUUCGACGGAAAAUUUUCCUAUGUUGCAAGCAGACAAAACGGACAUAGUUGAACUUAUUUUCAAUCUUUGCAUUUAUCAGCCACCGGGAACAAUAAACAUACCCGCUGGAUAUGUGCCGCCAACAUUGGCGAUAGCUAAUCUCUACUGGAAGGGAUGGAUAAUGUUAUUAAUGAUGGCUGCUCAUAAUCCAACUACAAUCGGCGCAUUAGCGUGGAAACGAUAUCCUAUACUGAGAACAUUGAUGGAAAUGUGUAUAACAAACCAUUUCUCGUAUCCACCACCGACUAUGGCCUUGCCGGAGAUAAUGGAGCAAGAACGCACGAAGGAACUGCAGGUUGAAGCCAUGGAGAAGCAAGAGAUAUUGGAAUACGAAUCACAUUUAGCCGCUGCAUCGACUAGAAUGCAGUUAUCUGAGCAAAAUAGCUUUCUACUGUCACAGUUAAUCACUAUGGAUCCAACGGGUAUCGCUAGAAGACCACCGCCGGCUGUGCUCGAGCAACUACAGUCAUUGAACACUUCUCACAGAUUGGGUCAUCUGCUUUGUCGGUCGCGAAAGCCAGAUUUCUUGCUAGAUAUCAUUCAGCGACAACAACAGAGCACGUCGCAGAGUAUGCCUUGGUUAGCUGAUCUGGUGCAAAAUAGCGAGGGCUCUCUCAGUCAACUUCCGGUGCAAUGUCUAUGUGAAUAUCUCUUGUCGACUAGCCCGCAGACGGUCGAGAAGCAGCCCAGGCAACAGCAGUUGCUGGCUCACCUUCAGACACUGCUGACCGAUCCGAAUCAGGAUCAGCAACACGCUUACGAAGUCUUGGAAUACUUUUUGAGAAGACUGAGCAGUCAGCAGAGUAGUAGUCGCAUACAAGCGAUCACUGGAUUGAAGAUGGUUUUGGACUCGAUACCUCUCGAAGAUGACACUAUGGACGUGGAUGGGGAGAAUGAGAAGGAGACUUGGCUGCUUCGAAAACUGCCGUCUAUACCUCACUUUCUGUCUGUGCGCUCACUGGUUUCCACGGCGUUACGCGGCGCUUGUCAGGUGGAAAACAGCCCCGAACUGGUGCACACUUACAUAUCGUAUCUGGCCGCGCAUACAAUCGACGACGAUUUACCCGACCUGACCGACUUGGCCAACGAGAUCUCUCAAUUGGUCGUUGAACGUAGCACGAUCAUCGCGGCCAUUCUGCCGCAACCGGAGAGCGAUAAUCAGCAGGCUAAGCAAACAUUGCAUGCUUUUAUGGCAAUCUUCUGCAAUUAUCUCGAGAAGGCACGAUCGCCCAGAGGUGAGGGUUACCAGUGGUCCGAGAGUCAAGAUCAGAUUUUGGUGCAGUGGAGCAACGGCGAAGAGUGCACGAUGCAUAUAUUAGUGGUGCACGCUAUGAUUAUAUUAUUAACGUACGAUUCAUCCGAGGAUGAUCAGCUGUUCACCACUUUAUUAGAGACGUGGUUUCCACUGACCGAACAGCCGAAGGCUUUUCUCGUGGACACCAGCGAGGAAGCGCUACUCAUACCUGAUUGGUUGAAAUUACGAAUGAUUAGAAGCAACGUGCCGCGUCUAGUCGACGCAGCUCUGAAGGAUCUCGAGCCACAACAGCUUGUACUCUUCAUACAGAGCUUCGGAAUACCCGUGUCGUCGAUGAGUAAACUGCUGCACACCCUUGACGCGGGUGUCCAGAUCGAUCCGGGGUCAGUCGGCGAAGCGGUAUUAGAUAAGACAUACAUGGCGCAGUUGGUUGAGGUACAGCAUAGAAGAGGCGCUACUGGUGGAUUGGUAUUUGUGCAAGUGUUGCAGCUGAUGGAACCGCAAUUACCAGAUGAGAAUAUGAUGCCGAUCAGUAGGUUGCAGCAACCGUUGCCGCCAAGCGCCACAGUGCAGAAGCAGUCCGUCAUACAGUGCUCGAUCAAGACCGAUGUGCCUCAUUUGAUAAAUCGACUUUUUAUCGAGAACAUCCAUGUUAAUCAAAAGAUAGACGCUUAUCGACGCUUGCAUAAAACUCUAGCGAAGGAUCUGCAGAGAUCGAGCGUUAAAGAGAGCAGCGCCGUGGUGCUGGCGAUACAGCAUAUAUGCAGCGUUCUGAGUUCUAUGCAGGUGAAGCAGUUUUUGGCCUCCCUCGUACACAUGCCACAGUACUCUUGCACGCUGAUGCGAGUGAUACUGCUGCCACUGAAGAAACCGUCGACAUCGAAACACGUAGUCGAGCUGGCACGCAAUAUGUGCCUGAAUCUAAUAUCGCUGAUAGGCGACGUGAAGGCGCCGGUCCUAUCAAUUCUGCGGGAUUUCGCUAACGUGCAAUUGACGAAGACGCCGCAACGUACGGAGCUGUCGAUGCUGAUGCAGAGCCGCGGCGAAGGUCCCGGUCCGAUACUGGAGGGCACAGAUCCCGUGAAUCUGGAAGGCGUAGGUCGGAGACUGCUCGAUCUUUGCCUGAAACAACAGAAGAACGAUGUUUUAGUUGAAGCUAUGGCGAAAUUAUUGGUCAGCGACAGUAAUGAAGACGCGUUGAAACCUCGCACGGGCCUGUUGAUCGAUUGGUUGGCAUCUGUGGAGCCUGAAUUGAUCGGUAUUUGUCCCAAUCUGCAGAUGAAGUUAUUAUUCGGUAAAGCAAAGGUGCACAUUAACAUCGAUAAGAAUGUUGUCAGCUCGCAUUCUUGCAGACCUUACUUGCUAACAUUGUUGACGCACAGAGCAAGCUGGGCCACUUUGUAUAAAUGUGUUGGGCACUUGUUGGACAAAUAUGACGAAGGAUACGAUCCAACUGCGGUUCUGGACUUUUUAUGGGCUCUGACAUGCAAUCCUAAGCUGUGGCAAGGUCGGGACAAAUUCACGCCGAAGCAUUAUGUUCCUGAGAAUAUCUUGCUGCUAGAAGAACGGCAGCUGCUUAAUCUAGUGACGUAUUUAGUGUCCGAAGCCGUUAUUAUAUGUAAUAUGCAGAACAGAAACGCCGCCCUCGCAAGAAUGGACAUCAGAUUGGAUUUAUUGUUGCAUUGUAUAUCUACUGAAGAUGAACUGAUUUCCAGUGUAGUAAACUAUUUAGCGGAACGUAUGAUGGAUAAUAUUGACAAAGACUCGGCGGAUAUGGCACAUCAGUUUCUACUUCACAUGUACAUGAAAAUUCCGAAGGUUAUCUGUUUUCUUAACACUUUCCAAGCGAACAAGUUCGUCAAUGGAGCGAAAAUAACCGAUUGGACGGGCUCGGUGCUCGAUUGUAUGAGCCAUUCUUUAUUGACGGCGUUGGCGGCGACCCCGAGGCAAAAGUCCUGGAAUUCGAAGUCUCAGGAAUUCGAACUUUGCGCAAGAAAAAUGGCCGCGGUGCAUCCUAUAUUAGUAUUACGGCAAUUACCGAUGUUGGCGUCUUCUUUAAUGGGAAGAUGUUAUCUCGACUUCAGUCAAUUUCGAUCCGGUCAUCAUUUAAAUCUCUUCACGCAAGUUAUGGGAUUGUUGGAGCUGUUGCAGCCGCAUCUAUUUGACAAGCAACAUGAAACUCCAUUGGAGAACACUUUGGAAAAUUAUUUUCAAUGUUUCCAGAAUUACGGACAUGUAAAAGAUAUUACCUCCUUGGUGAUCAGAUUCGUGUCGCUAUUACAAUCUUACAUCUCACGUGAGCCACAACGAGCAAUGAAAUAUCUACAAAAACACGCACAAGCUCUGCAUGAGUUACAGAUAAAUUAUCCUAGUAUAAUACCUUUGAGGACACUCGUAUCGGGAAUACCAAUGCCUAGAGAAGGAGAAGAUAUAGAUGAUAUUCUAAUCACUAUAGCUCCCACAUUGCAUCCUUCGGAACCUACCAUUCCGACACACUGGCAAUCACUGUUGACUACACUUUCCAAAUUGCAUGGUGAAGAUGUGUUGAGUGCGCUUCAAGAAAUUGAACACGUGUCAUUGCGAAAACCUUCGGUCUUAGAACCUAUAACGGAUAAUAUAACGGAACUGCUUGUGUCUCCGCAGGGUAAUAUCAGGACGCUCGCUCAUACUCUACUCGCUAGAGCGCUGAAACACCGUCCGGCAUCAAACGCGAACAUAUUGUCCGCGUAUCAAAGAUGCUUAGACAGCCAUAGAGCGGACGUUCUUAUGUCAGCUUUGGAAAAACUACCGGAUAUUGUGUUAUGCAUGCAAGAACACGCUUUACCGUUGAUGCAGAGAGUGUUCGAGCUAGGAGUAAAUUCGAAUGUCAACACGAUACCUUAUAUCAAUAAGACUAUCGCCUUGUUAAACACACAGCAAGGUUGUUAAUAUCAAAAAAUGUUAGUCUGUUUUGUAAAUAUUAAGCAUUAAGACUUUUCUACGAUUAAAACAAAACUGCAAAA